AUGUAAGCCAUGUGCAAGGCAGCCCAAUGAAUUUCUUCUUACGUAUCCUUCCUUUUCUAUUUGUUUCUUCUCCUAGAUUUCCGUAUCAAUGUCCUAUAUAUUUCAUUUAGAACAUAAUUGAAUAUUUUUUUGGACUUAUUUUCAGUUCAUUUUAGUAAAAUUUCAAUUCGAUUAAUUCUAUUCAGUUAAGUUAGUUUCAUCUCACAUUGUUUUCAUUCCGUUAGUUUAUUUUCUCUCAAUAUAAAAGAACAAGGUCGAAGUAUAAAGUUCAAAGUUGUGCGUUGACGAAAGAAGAUAAGAGAGGAAGUAUUUUUCCCUCUUCCUCCUCCUCCCGUACCGUUAUAUCCUCUCUUUUCAAAUUUUUCUCUCUCCUCCCAACCUACACUACUAGUCUACUACAAAGGCACUAAACACAAAGCAAACAACAAAGUGCAAAAACAACCCAAAAAACUACACACCCAAAAAAAAAAAUGACGACGUUAAGAAGACAAAAAUGGCACCAACAACCACCACCAACACCAAGAAUCCUCCACCUUCCACGUCGGAUAUCUCGCCGGAAAAUACCCACAAAAAACGGCGCCGUUAAAUCAAAUUCCGACGUAAACCCAUUUCUCCGGCGACCUGAAAAGGGUAAAUUAGAGAUUUUAUUUGAUCAAGAAAGGGCAUUUUCGUACACUUUACCACCGGUGGUACUCUUGGAUUCUAACGAUAGGGGUAAAAACGAGAAUUUACCUGAUACUGAGGAACAAAAAUGGAGGUUUCAAGCUGAAAUGUUGAGAGCAGAGUGUAAUUUUUUGAGGAUGGAAAGACAAAUAGCCGUUAAAAAGUUGGAGAGAGAAAGGGUAGUUUUGGAAAAGAGUUUGAAAUCUGCUGUUCAUACACUUCUUUCUGGAAAGAAGAAAAUUCGCGAGGGAGAAAGCGCGAAUUCAAUGGUAGAGGAGGAGAUUGAGGAGUUAGCAAAGAAGCUUGUAGAGUUGCAAAGGAGCUCUAAGGUGAAAAGUCCUGAAUUUCAUAAAUGCAGCAACUUUGAUAAGCAAGUAUCUUUGCUUCAGAAACAGCUCGAAAAAUACAGCGAAAUGCAGGAUGAAAGCUGUGUUAAGGAGAUAACAGAAGUAUCAGCAGUUUGUUUACCAACCAAUUCUACAAGAAAUGGAAAGAGUAGAAGUCAUGGUUUGAGAUGCCGGUCCACUAGGUUCACUGAUGUGGAGAAUUUGAGAAGAAAAAUGGAAGGGUUAUCAAAGGGAAAGUUGCUUAAGAGAAUGGAAGAAGAGUAUGGAUUUAUGUUGUCUGCUUCAGCUAACUAUUCUAUUACAAGUUCUGCUUCUACUUCCAAACGAUAUGACCUUGCCGAUUCAUCUUCCAUUUCAUUUCAACAAUCCUCACAGGAGGCUAAGUCAGGGGAUUUAAAUACGUGCUCAGGCCGUUGUAAAGCUAUAGUAAGGAGGAUUAUGGAACAGGUAAAGGCUGAGACACAACAGUGGUCUCAUAUGCAAGAGAUGCUAGGGCAAGUGAGGGCAGAAAUGGAAGAAUUACAGGCUUCUCGCGAUUUCUGGGAAGAACAAGCUCUUGAAGCUGAACAAAAAAUCAAAACCCUUGAUUCUGAUGUGGAGGAAUGGAAACAGAAGGCACUUUCUAUUGAAAUGAAGGAGAAUCAACUGCAAAAACAAGUGCAAGAACUUCAACAAGAGCUUGAAAAACUAAAGGCUGAUAAAAGCUGUGAGAAUCAUGUGAAAGUGAGUAAAGAUAUAGCACCAAUUUCACUAGGAGCCCAGCUUGCAAGGGAGAAAAGAAUACUAAUGUGUCGUGUUAAAGGAAGUAGCAAGCAAACAAGCGAAAAUGCUGAGAAAAAAGAGGUUGAUUACAGUGACGGGAAAAAACAAGUGCACAAAAAUGGCAGCAAGCUUGCAUCGUUGAAUCGACAUCCAUUUAAGGAGAUUAGUAAUCUGUCACCUCUAGUGAGGCAAAAUAGUAGAAGAUAUGUAUACCCUUUACAUUGUCCUAAUGAUUCCUGAACCAGAGGAAGACUUUUGAGAAUGUUAAUGAGGCUUAGAAAUAAAAGCAUCUUUUUUGUUAAUGAUCAAUAGAAAUGAGAAUUAACUUUUGCAUACUU